CUUACUUGAUGGGCGCGUGCUACUGGCCGUUGCGCUGUAUGCUCUGCGGUCUUCUACUCACGCUCAAGGAAAUAUUGCCCGCCCGGCUGCGCAAGGUCAUCGCGGAUGCUGAUGUCUCCUACGCAAGGCAUCUGGCCAUGUCGGUCUCGUACGCCGCCGAAGCUAGGUCCGUGCUUCCGCUAUACUCGGAGCUCAUCCUCGCGCCAUUGCAGUUCGCGUUUGCCGCCUGGUACCGACUGGAGCAGCGGUCCAUCACUACAUCGUCGGACACGGAGGUGGAGACAGCACGUGUCAUGAUGGACUGGACGGUGCAGGCGGCGCAGGCGCUGGGGCUGAGAUGGGGUUUCGGACAAGCGGAUAAGGAAUCGCUGAAGAGAAGGCAUGAUGCCUUGAUGGGUGGACCUUUACCAAGUCCGUCGUGAAACAAGACGAGGGUGAUGGAUAGCUUUUACUUGAUGAUUUCUGUUAUCACUGGCGCCUUUGGAUGGUGCCACGCGGACUGUAGGCGAAUGUUUGGUCUCAGUGAAGGGCUCGUGGAGCAUCAGACAUGCAUAAGUCC